AUGCAUUUUUACAGCAACAACAAUAGUUGUCGAUCUUAUAAUAAUAGUUCAUCAAUAAGACUACUAUCACAAUCAAAGACAAUCACAUUGUUUAUAUUAUUAUUUCUAAUACCUUCAAUAACAUCAGCUAUUGGAUUAACUAUAUCACCAAUUAAAAAUAUAAAAUCAAAUCAAAAAAAAUUAUCAUCAUUAAAAAAUUUACAAAAUUGUUUAUCUUAUGAAGUUGAAUCAAAUGAUAUAUUAUUUUUAAGUAUAAAUCCUAUUGAAAAUUUACCAAGUCAAGAAAUUAAUUUAAAAAUUAUGGAUUCCCAGGGAAAUAUUUUAAGAAAUCAACCAAAUUUAUCAAAAUUUAAUAAAGUAUUGGAAUUUAUAAUAAAUUCAAAUAAUAAUGAAGUAACUUCAGAAUCAGAUAAUGAAUUAGAUAUACGAUCAAAUACUAAAAUUGAAAAUCAACCAAAAUUAAGAAAUUUCAUUCAUGUUUGUUUUGAUAAUCUUUAUAAUGAUUUAAGUUGGAGUUUUCAACCACAAGAUUUUGAAAUUGAAAUGGAUAUAAAUAUUAAAAAUGAUAUAAAAUUAACUAAUUAUAAGAUUUAUAAAAAUUUUUUUUCUAAUAUAAAUACAAACACUGAGGAAGGUUCAUCAUCACAAGAACAAGAUUAUAAUAAAAUACAAAUAAAUGAAGAAAUAUUUGAUUCUAAAAUGAAUUCAAUAUCAUUAGAAUUAAAUUCAAUGGUUGAUAAAUUAAUUGAAAGUGAUUUAAUAUUACAAGAUUUAUUAAAUCAAGAAUUUAAAUUAAGAGAUGUUAAUGAAGAAAUUUUUAGUGGAUAUAAUUUUAUUAGUGUUUUUUUAUGUUUAACUAUUUUCAUAUGUGGAUUAGUGCAAUUGGUUUUUUUCAAAUGUUAUUUAAAAAGGAAAAAUAUAACGUAG